CUCUAAUUCAGGCCGCGAUAAGAUAGAGCAGGUCCGACGUCGGACUCCAGUAGUGAUUCACCUGCCCAGCAAUCGACAUGUCCCGUCGCUCGCAACUCACGGCUGGCGCCGUGGCCACCAUGGCGACUGUCACUGGUGGGAUGUCGCUUGGGUUCUCCGCCGUGGCGCUACCAGCCAUGCAGACAACAAAUCACCGCCCGCAGGUGUCGGAAGACCAGGCUUCCUGGAUAGCUUCCCUGGCCGCCAUCGCAACACCAGUCGGGUGCUUGGUGACGGGCGCACUCCUGGAAUGGCUGGGGCGCAGGCGCACUCUGAUGGUGGUCAACACGCCCGCUGUGCUAGGCUGGCUCCUCAUCGCCACGGCCUCCAGCAGCGAGCCCUGGUUCCUCUACCAGGUGUACGCGGGUCGACUCCUGACGGGACUCGCCACCGGCAUGUCGAGCUCGCCUGCUACCGUGUACGUCAGCGAAGUGGCGGACAGGUCGCUCCGAGGGACGAUGGUCACGUGGUCCUCAGUAGGCAUCUCCCUCGGCAUCUUGCUGGUCUACGUACUCGGGGCCCUGUUCCCGGACAACUGGCGCCUGGUGGCAGGCAUCACCACUUGCCUGCCAAUCGUUUCCGUCGUGGCGGCGUGGUUCUUGCUGCCCGAGAGCCCCGCGUGGCUCAUGUCGCGUGGCAGGGUUCGGGAGGCCGAAGUCUCCAUGAGACGCGUCAGAUGUGUGCCCCGGAAAGUCAGCCUGCCGCAGAACUUGCAGCAAGAACUCAACGCCAUGACGACGUCCACGGCACAACAGGACGGCGGCGCCAGCAGCCGUAACUGGAAGGACACGCUCAGCUUCCUCAGGAGACCCGAGGCCUACAAGCCGCUCCUCAUCAUGAACGCCUUCUUCUUCUUCCAGCAGUUCUCUGGCAUAUUCGUCGUCGUGUUCUACGCUGUUGCCAUAGUCCGGGAGACGGGCGUUCACUUUGACGGCUACCUAGCAACGGUGCUAAUAGGAGUCAGCCGCCUGGCAGUGUCAGUAGCCAUCAGCUUUGCGUCCGCGCGGUGCGGGCGGAGGGUUCUGUGCAACGUCUCUGGGGUCGGCAUGACGCUGUCAAUCGGGGCGCUGGCCGUCUAUCUCACGCUCACGCACGAUCGCAUCCUGAGCCGCGAGGCCCACGGCUGGUGGCCGAUCUCGGCCCUCGUGCUGUACAUCCUGAUGAGCUCCGUGGGAUUCCUGACGCUGCCCUGGGCCAUGAUCGGUGAGGUGUUCCCCGCCAGAAUACGCGGACCGGCCUGCGGGGUCACCACCUGUCUCGGCUACCUGUUCAGCUUCGUCGCCUUGAAACUGUACCCUGGGAUGAAACACCUGUGGGGAAUCCACGGGCUCUUCACCGUCUAUACCGUCGUUGGGCUCGUCGGCACAGUGUCCAUGUACGCCUGUCUGCCAGAGACGCAGGGUCGGACACUUGAACAGCUGGUCGUCAGCCUCGUGGCCGCCUCCAGCACCAUCGCCUCGGGGAUGAGCCUCGGGUUCUCGGCCAUCGCUCUCCCUGAACUGCUCAGAAGGGACAGCGCCGACAAACUGGACAUCGACCAGGCCUCCUGGUUCGCCAGCGUCGCGUCGAUCGCCACCCCCUUCGGGUGUUUACUGUGCGGUCCGCUCCUGGACCACUUCGGACGCCGGAUCGCUCUGCUGGCCCUCAACGUGCCCUUUGUCCUCGGGUGGUUCACCCUGGCCCUCACGCCCAGCCCCACGAGCACGCCCCUGCUCUACCUGGGCAGAAUUCUCACCGGCAUAGGAACUGGCAUGGCCAGCGUCCCCGCCUGCGUCUACAUCGCCGAAGUGACAGACCACUCGCUGCGGGGGAUGCUGGUCACGUGGCCCUCCAUCGGCAUCUCCGCCGGCAUCCUGGUGGUCUACACCCUGGGCGCCGUCCUCAAGGACAACUGGCGUCUGGUGGCAGCACUGGCCGCCGCCUUCCCGAUCUUUACCGCCGUGUCGACGCUGCUGCUGCUGCGCGAGAGCCCGCUGUGGAUAGUCUCUGAGGGCCGCGGCAGAGGACAGUUUGAGCUCGGGGCCACGUCAGACCGUCAGGAGCCCGACAACAGUUCGAGGAAGGCGGGUCUCUGGCGCACCCUGCGCCUACCGCAGGUCUGGAAACCGCUGUUCGUGUUGAACGCCUUCUUCUUCUUCCAGCAGUUCUCAGGCAUAUACGUCGUCGUGUUCUACGCGGUGGACAUCGUCCUGCAGGCGGGCGUGUCCGUCGACGAGUACGUGGGGACGGUCCUGCUGGGGGUGGUGCAGCUAGUGGCGGGAGUGGCGGUCAGCUUCGCGCUUACCAGGUGCGGGCGUCGACCCAUGUCGCUGCUGUCCGGCGCCGGGAUGACUGUCUGCAUGCUGGGCCUGGCCGCGUACCUUCACCUCGUCCCGAACGGCUCGAAGACCGCCCUCGGCAACCCGCAUCUCGCCACCAUCCCGUUCGUCCUCCUGCUGGUCUACGUGGUUGCGGGGGCGAUAGGCUUCCACACGCUGCCAUGGGCGAUGCUGGGCGAGAUGUUCCCGCCACGCGUGAAGGGGCUGGCAGGCGGACUGACGACCUGCUUGGCGUACGUGUUCAGCUUCGCCGCGCUCAAGAUGUACCCCUCACUGCUGCUGCUCUUAGGGGGUGAUGCCGCUAACCCGAAGACAUCGUCAUCAGAGGGCGUGUUCUAUUUCUACGGCGCGGUGUCGCUCGUCGCGACGCUGUUCGUGGCGCUGUUUCUCACAGAGACUCACCGCAAGACGCUGCAGCAGGUGGAACAGGAGUUCAAGACUCGGCCGCUCUGGGGCAAACACUAGACGACGGCCUCGUGUUGACGCACGAAACUGCGCUGAUGAGCAACGUUACCUCCGGAAGAAUUGCCAAGAACUGACAGGGAGAUGGUUCUUUGUCUUGCAGAUUGAUUUAACAAAUUUCGAUUAAACUUGGUUUCUGUGGUUCUCUUUGGACCGAGUUUAUAUUAAGGUACAGUCGGCCGUAACCGGCUCACUGACAACAAACAGACACAAGACGUAUAAUUACGAAUUAUUUCUGGAUGUGACGUGUAUUUAAAGAACAUUUCAUUUCAAUUAAAAUAAAACAGAUUCAGUCGAA